AUGUCCUCGGGCAAGGCACUCCCCCAGACUUUCAAUUCUUCAUUUGGUCUUGCUCAACUAGGCUUCUUUUCGCAUCAUCUCCCCACAUUUCAACCACCAGUUUCACCUCAACGAGUAAAAAUUAAGCGAUUUCGGCAGAGAGUUGACGCUGGUGAGCCGCGUAACUCUUACCAGGCCAGCAAGUCUCCAAUGUUGCAACAGCAUUUUUCUAACGGUUGUCAGCUGAACAAUAGUAGUUCUGGAGAAAAUAGUGGUAGUACACUGGCAGCCAUAUUUCCAUGGGUAACACAAACAAAUACUGAUACAAGUAUUGAUCAGGAGCUUGUCAAGGACCAGGAUUCUGAAGUUCAAGAUUUGGCAAAUCCUUCUGGGGAGAGUGUCACAUCGAAUAUGGAGACAAGUGAGUCAUCAAACGUCGAAAAUGACUGUACUGCUAACAAUGCUGACAAUGACGAAAGUUGUCAAGCGGAGUUUGAGAAGUCGGAUCAGUUGAGCGGGGAGGAAGAUGUUCCCACAGUUAGUUCGCCUGUUUUUGUGGGUAGCUCGUCAUCAAGAAGAAAAAAUGCUUUACCACAAAAGCAGUUUGUAGAUGACGAUGACAACGCUAAUAAUUUCACAGGAACUCAAGAUUCAGAGUGUAACGACUGUAUAAAUGAUGACAUCGAUGACUCUAGGCAACAAAGAGAACCUGAACUAAGUUGUUUAGCAUCCACUCUAGCUGCAACUAACACAACUCCUCAGAAUAAGCUUCAAGAAAUGCUUGAAAUGCAGCGAAAGAUUUAUUCGAACAUCAUUGACCAACAGAAAAAGAUUCUGGUUGGUAAUGAUGAUGAGGCAAAGCCGCUAACUGCAAAUCCACUUUUACAAGUUAAUCCAGACUACAAUAAACUGAAACAAUGUUUAAAGAGAAGAUUGGAAUCUGUUAUCGAGGAGGUCAGCAUAAGUUUAUUGGCUUCCAAAAUAGUGAUAAACGAGUUUGGAGCAGAAGAAACUGCUAAUCGAGCUCAAAAAAUCGCUGCUCUUGCCAGUGAAAGAGAGCAGAAUCUUGGAAGGAAUCCAUUCAUGUUUCAUCCAUUGUACCUCCCAUUCAACGGCCAACCACCGUUUGUCAAUCCCUUUAUUCAAAAUCCCGUGCCUCCUACAGGAAUUUUUCCGGCUACAGCUCCAUCAAAUACUUUUAAUCCGUUUAUGUCACAAUUAAGACCGCCAUCUCCAGCUGCCGGAGCUGUUAAUAAAACAGAGGAUUCAAGUCCAUUUGCUACCCGAAAGAAAAGGUCCAAAGUAACCGACUGCAGCCGAUUAAACAAAAUUACCGUUAACGGAAAUCGUGAUGGCUCAUUACCGGGAAGUGCACGAUCGACACCUCAAGUUUCGCUUUCUGAGCUCUCCUCAUAUUUUCCACCGACAAUGGUUGGAAAUACGUUGUACGGUAAUGGAGCAUUCGGAAGUGAAGAACGUGAUAGUUCAGCGAACUCUGAUGAUACCAGUGAAGGAGCACCCUACGACGGGGGCGCUGGAACUAGCACUACACUGACGCCUAUGCAUUUGAGGAAAGCUAAAUUAAUGUUCUUCUAUACGCGAUAUCCCAGUUCCGCCUUACUGAAGUCUUAUUUUCCUGAUAUACGAUUUAAUAAGCACAACACUGCACAAUUGGUCAAGUGGUUUUCUAAUUUUAGAGAAUUUUUCUACAAUCAAAUGGAUAAGUAUGCACGAAACUAUAUUGCUGAAGGUGUAAAAAAUAAGGAAGACAUUGUUGUGACACCAGAAUCAGAAAUUUAUAAAAACCUUAACCAACAUUAUAACAGAAAUAAUCAUAUUCAGCCACCCGAAAGACUAGUCAGAGUUAUUCAAGAGACAUUACGUGAAUUUUUUGUUGCUGUUCAAAAUGGUCGAGAUGCUGAACCGUCGUGGAAGAAAACCAUCUAUAAAGUGAUUACACGAAUGGAUGAUCCAAUACCAGAAUAUUUUAAAGAUCCAAAUUUUUUGGAACGUCUAGAAACCUGA